UUCCCCGUAAACUUAAAACGAAAAAGACUGACAAACAAAAAACAUAGAAUCUGUCUUUACCAAAUUCUCUUCCAAACAACGCGUGUGUGUUGGAACAUCGUCAUCAUCAUCACCUGCCAAUUUUCUCUUCUUCAUCAAAAGCUUCAAUUUUUAAUUUACAAGGUAAUGGCAGUGGAGGAAGAUAUUGAUCUUUCAGAUUUGAAGUACCAACUUAGCCAAACCCAUGUUAAUUGGAAACAAGAGAUGGAGAAAAGCGAGUCCCAAGUGGAUGCCUUGCAAGCAAAACUAUUAGAUGUAAAAGCUUCUAUUACUGGGUCAGAAGAAGAUACAAAGAGAGAAUUAGAUGUUCUUUCGCGUAGAGUCAGAACCGCUGCAACAUUAAUGACGUAUUUGAAAGCUAAAGCAAAAGUCAUGGCCGUUCCUGAUUUGGCAUUUACCUCCUGCGGUAUAAAAGAACUAUAUGGAGUCGGACUUAUUGAUAAAAAUGGUGUACCGUUUUCCAGUUGGUCAAGGGACAUAGAUCUCUCGUCUUUUGAUGAUGAACAAGAUGGAUCUUAUAUGAGCGAAUUACUCAGAAGUGUACAAAUGGUUACAGAUGUUAUGGAAAAUCUUGUCAAGAGAAUUAUAAUGGCGGAAUCUGAAACUGCUUUAGAGAAGGAGAAGGUAACAAUUGGUCAGGAAGAGAUUCAAAGAAAGGCAGUUCAGAUUGAAAACAUGUCUGUUAAGUUAGAAGAGAUGGAAAGGUUUGCUUUGGGUACAAAUUCUAUUUUGAAUGAGAUGCGACAGAGAGUUGAAGAUUUGGUUGAAGAAACUUCUAGACAGAGGCAGCGAGCUGCAGAAAAUGAGCAGGAGCUUUGUUGUGUUAAGAGGGAUUUUGAAUCUCUGAAAACCUAUGUUAGUAGUCUCAUCAGUGUCAGAGAAACUCUUCUAUCAUCGGAAAAGCAAUUCCAAACAAUUGAAAGGCUUUUUGAACGGUUAGCUGCAAAGACAACCCAAUUGGAGAGUGAGAAAAUGCAGAAAGAGGCUCAAGUCCAAAAGCUUAUGGAAGAGAAUGUGAAGUUGACAACUCUCCUUGACAAGAAAGAGGCACAACUCUUGGCCAUGAAUGAACAAUGCAAGGUUAUGGCCCUUAGUGCUUCUUCUAGUAUUUAGAAAGUUGUCAUAAAAGAGUUAAACUCCAUGAGAUCUUCUAUUCAAUGAAUGCUUCCUUAAAAGGAACUUUGCACCUGUAGUUGUGUUGUAUUUGCUCAUUAGGUGAAGUAAAUCAACUAACCGGAUGAACUUUGUUCUUGAAUUUAAUGGAAACUAUGCUGCACCAUUUUUGGUGCAUUGUCUUUUA